AUGGAUUCUCCGGCGAGCAAAUCCUCCUCCGCAAAGAAUGUCCAACUUCCGCCUCGCCGUGGAAGAGUGAAGCGUGAGAUCUUCGGCGUUUUAGCCAAUUCCAUCGUUUCCGCCGCCGUGAAAGCCGGUGGUGUGUUCGGGAGGAAAGCUGGAGGUGGUGUUAGUGGUGGCUCUUCUUCCUCCACCGCCACUCCUCCGACGAGCGGCUACACUUCCGAUCAGAACAGUGAAUCCUCUUAA